CUCAUGCACGGUACACACAGUUGGUCAUUUAACAAACAUUUUGAAAGCACGCUGAGUUUGUUUUCACUUGACAAUGGCGACACCAUUCUCUACAAUCCUUCAAAAGUCUCGUAACAUCGCUGCAACUUUUCUACUGUGUAAACCAUACUCUUCCACAGUCAGAAACCGUAGAAACCUCUUCGCCAGAAUAAGCCCCCUUGGCGACCCUUCAAUCAGCAUUUCCCCCAUUCUCGAAAACUGGGUCCAAGAAGGUAACCCUCUCGGUUACAAACAGCUUCAGCGCAUCAUCAAAUCCCUCCGCUCUAGCAAACGCUUCAGUCAAGCACUCCAGGUUUCUGAAUGGAUGAGUAGCAAAGGUCUAUGCCCAAUUUCAGCAAAAGACCAUGCCGUGCAACUAAAUCUUAUUGGUAAAGUUCGUGGACUUGAUAGUGCGAAGAGCUAUUUCCAGAAUUUAAGUGAUGAAGAUAAAACUGAAAAGGCUUAUGGUGCUCUUUUGAAUUGUUAUGUAAGAGAAGGAUUGGUUGAUAAGUCACUCUCCCUGAUGCAGAAGAUCAAGGAUCUGGGUUUUAUUUCUGUUCUAAAUUACAAUAAUAUUAUGUGUCUUUACUUGCAAACUGAGCAGUAUGAGGAAGUCUUUGGUGUUUUGGAAUCGAUGAAAAAGGACGGUGUUUCUCCCGACACAUUCAGCUAUAGGAUAUGCAUAAACUCUUAUGGCACAAGGUCUGAUUUUUUUAAUAUGGAGAAACUAUUGGAAGAAAUGGAACUGCAAAGCCACGUCAGAUCAGAUUGGGCCACAUAUGCUAUGGUGGCUAACUACUUCAUCAAAGCAGACCUGAAAGAGAAAGCUUUAGUCUACCUGAAGAAAUGUGAGGACAAAGUAGACAAACGCGACACGAUUGCAUACAACUAUCUGAUUUCACACUAUGCAAGUCUUGGAAACAAAAAAGCCAUGAUGAGAUUAUGGAAACUUCAGAAAGAGAACUGUAAGAAGCAACUUAACAGGGAAUAUAUAACCAUGUUGGGUUCUUUGGUGAAGCUGGGUGACUUUGACGAAGCUGAAAAACUUCUUGCAGAGUGGGAGAUAUCUACUAAUUCUUAUGAUUUUAGGGUGCCAAACAUCCUUUUGAUUGGUUAUUCCAAGAAUGGAUUGAUCGAAAAAGCAGAAACAAUGCUGCAAAGCAUAAUUGAGAAAGGGAAGAAUCCUAUUCCUAACAGUUGGGCUAUCAUUGCUGCUGGGUAUGUUGCCAAAGAGAAUAUGGAGAAAGCAUUUCAAUGCAUGAAGAAAGCUGUGUCUGUACAACCCAAGAAUAAAGGUUGGAGACCAAAAAUUGAUGUUCUUUCCAGCAUUUUGAGUUGGGCUAUCAAUAACAGAGAUAUAGAUGAAGUAGAAGAUUUCGUGAAUUCGUUGAAGAAUGCAACUUCAAUGAAUAGGGAUAUGUAUCUGUCCUUGAUCAAGAUGUUUGAUAGAUCUGUGAAAGAGGUUGAUAAAAGUUUAGACAGUAUGAGAGCUGAUAAAAUAGAGGUUGAUGAGAUUUGGGAAAGUAUGAAAGAUGAUAAAACGGAGCUUGAUUAAGAGAUUGAGGAAAUUAUUUACUCAAGAUUGCAAUAAUACUGGUUUCUUUCUUCUCUCUCCAGUUUUAAAUCUUACCAUCAUUGGUGUUGAAUGCAGUUGAUGUCAAAUGAGUGAUCCAGAAGUCCUACCUCAACCGCUAAAAUGCUGAAAUUGUUAGGCCGGAUGCCAUGACCGGGGUUCGAAUGCCGGUACCUCCACUUGUGUGUGUGAGUUUAUAAUGACUUUGUCAUUUCGUCUAUCUACCAAAAAAAAAAAAAAAAGGAAUAGCAUUUUUGUGUGUCGUAGAUCGAUUUUAAAGCUGCAUUUAUCAUGUAGACAUGUAAUCACUUUGAUUCUAUGAUAUAGUUGGAUACCUGGAUCUACUGUUAAAUGGAGAAUUGGCUGACAAUGUCACAUAGAGA